UAGCAGUAGUGACAUUAGAAACUAAUGAUGUUCCAAAUCAUAUACACAUAUAUGAGGAUGAUGAUAUAGAAUUACUUAUAACUGCAUUUUGCGAUAUAAACCAAAUUAAGGAAGCAGGUAGGCAAUUCAUAAUUUCAGAAAUUAAAAACCACUUGUAAUCAAUUGAUAGAUCAACACUAGACAUCAUGGUGUAAGCUGAAUACCAAGAUUAACAAUCUUCUAAUAUGGACAAUAAAGAUUGUAAAUAGUUAAAAAAUAAACUUUCUAGAAUUGACCAAAAAUAUUAGGAUGUGUUAACAGUAAAAUAAUAAUCUCUUUUUUAAUACAAACUUCACUCUAAAUACUAUCUAUAAUCCUGAUCAAUUGCAAAUAAAUACAAUAGAAGAUAGACAGUAAUUAAAUACUGAAACUAACAAUUAAAGAAAAUUGAAACAAUAAUAAUAUAGUAGUGGGAAUCUCAAUUAUAACUAAAUGGAAAGAAAACGUGGUAUUGCUCCUAAUUAUCGAUAUGGAAAAUUAUCUUAAUAAACUAAGGAGAGAUCAGAAAGAUUGGUAGGUAAGUAAAAUGACUAUUAAUACAAAAUUGAAAGGAAGAAGAUCUUUGAUGCUGAUCAACCAAAAAUAAAGUACAAAUAGGAUUUGGAGCAGAUUAAAAAUAUAUUUAGAUAGCUCGACAGCGAUUAGGAUGGUUAAAUCAGUUCUGGAGCUGUAAAUUUGAGAAUAGGAGAAUCAACCUUAUAACUGAUAGCUCCAGUCUUAUUUCACAUGUAAGAGUAAAGGAUGGUAUUAGAUUUUGAUUCGUUUGUGUAUUUAAUAAUAUCUUUUAAUAUAUUGAUUUAUUGA